UCUCCCCGGUCGGGGAGGGUUCUGCCAAAGUGCCACGUUGGGCCGGACUGCGGGCGUGAGAAGCGGGCGUGAGAAGCCGGUUCGGGGCGCCACCCGGGGCGCGCGCCCAGGCGCUGGCCGUUGGGCGGCGCAAGGCAGUCCUCGGAGUCUUGCACCGUGCGCGCCGGCGGUACCUGUUAGGGGAACUGAGACGGGGGCGCGUUCCGCCCGAGGGCGGCUCUGGCUGAGGGCGGCGGGGCCGGGGGACAGCCCGGGGCAGCGGCCGAGGCGGGGCGGCGGCGAGAUCCGCUGCCCCCGGAAGCCCCCGGCGACAUGCUGGCGGAUAACCUGGUGGAGGAGUUUGAGAUGAAGGAGGACGAGCCGUGGUACGACCACCGGGACCUGCAGCAAGAUCUCCAGCUUGCUGCUGAGCUUGGGAAGACAUUACUGGAUCGGAACACAGAGUUGGAGGAGUCUCUUCAGCAGAUGUACACAACCAAUCAGGAGCAGUUACAGGAAAUUGAGUAUCUGACGAAGCAGGUGGACCUUCUACGGCAAAUGAAUGAACAGCAUGCAAAAGUUUAUGAGCAGUUAGAUGUCACAGCAAGAGAGCUGGAAGAAACCAAUCAGAAACUAGUUGCUGACAGCAAGGCCUCGCAACAAAAAAUUCUGAGCUUGACGGAAACAAUUGAAUUACUACAAACCAACAUUGAUCACCUCCAGAGCCAAGUGGAGGAGCUGAAAUCAUCCAGCCAAGAAAGAGGGAGGCAGAAGGCAUGUGACCAAGAGAAACCAGCACCCAGCUUCCCCUGUCUGAAAGAGCUGUACGACCUCCGCCAACAUUUUGUAUAUGACCAUGUGUUCGCUGAGAAGAUCACAUCCUUGCAAAGCCAACAAAGUCCUGAAGAAGAAGAAAAUGAGCAUCUGAAGAAGACAGUGACGAUGCUACAGGCCCAGCUGAGCCUGGAGAAGCAGAAGCGGCUGAGCAUGGAGGAGGAAUAUGAGCUGGUGCUGAAGGAGAACAGCGAACUGGAACAGCAGCUGGGGGCCACCGGUGCUUUCCAGACCCGGGCUCUGGAGCUGGAGACCGAGGUGGCCAAGAUGAGGCAGAUGCUGCAGGCAGAUCAUCCUUUUGUGAAUGGUGUUGAGAAGCUGGUGCCGGAUUCUCUGUUUGUCCCUUUCAAGGAAUCUGGCCAGAGCCUGCUGGAGGAGAUGUUCCUGGUGGUGCCGGAAACACAUAGAAAGCCACUCAAGCGCAGCAGCAGCGAGACAGUACUCAGCAGCUUGGCAGGAGGUGACAUCGUGAAGGGCCACGAGGAGACCUGCAUCAGGAGGGCUAAGGCUGUGAAGCAGCGCGGCAUCUCCCUUCUGCAUGAGGUGGACACACAGUACAGUGCUCUGAAGGUCAAGUAUGAAGAGCUGCUGAAGAAGUGCCAGCAGGAGCAGGACUCCCUCUCACACAAGGCUGUGCAGACCUCCAGACUGCUGACCAGGGACCUGACAGGACUGGUCACCCAAUCUGAGGCUGGGGCCAGUGGCUGGGAACCCAUCACUCCAGAGCCCAUCAGUUCUCCCACCGCUACCACACCUCCAGAGUACAAAGCACUGUUUAAGGAGAUCUUUAGUUGCAUCAAGAAAACUAAGCAGGAAAUAGAUGAACAGAGAACAAAAUACCGAUCUCUCUCCUCCUAUUCUUAAUCAGACCUCCAGUUCUACUAAUGUGCUUGUUUCCUCUCACCUUCCCCACCCAGACACAUACGCACAGACUCCAAAGCUUGAUGUUGCUAAUGACAUUUGCUUCACUGCUUUGCUUAUCUGACAAUGCAGGAAAGGAGGUGGCUACUAGUGUUGACCCUGCAGUCCAGUUCCAUUUACACUCCCUAGGAAAUCCCAUGACAGACUGGCCUUUUGCUGGCGCACUGAUUAGGCUGAUACUUGGGAAAGCCCCAGAACCAGUGGAGGAUCCGUGCUAAGGGGCAGAGCUGGAACAGAGCUAAGGCAGUUCCUAUCGCUUCCUUACUCAGCUUCUCAAACUGCAUAGGACUUCAAGGGCGCCAGAUGGACACAUCUUCGCAAACACUGUUGGAUACUGUGAAUUCAUUUGAAGAAUGUUGAAAGCAGGAGUCUAAUCCAAAAUAGGUUAUGUUAAUGGGUCCCCUAAACCCUUGAGUUUUGUUGUAUCUGCUGCCAGUUGAACCGCUGACUGACAGGUAAUCCUAAAAUACCCAAAUUCAACCAAAUACCGUUGAAAUGGCAGGGUGUGUUUCCCAGAGGGCUUCCCAUCAUUCAGAUGUUUUACUGAAGGCAGCCCCUUUGGAGAGGUGGCUAUGUAAUCUUAAAUUCCAUUUUCAAAUGUAAACUAAAGGAAGACCAAAUCCCUUCCUCCUAGGUGUACUUGAGCUGGCCACUUGCCAGCCACAAGCUGUUCCUACUCAGCUCUUAACAUUCCUAGAAAUGUUUUUAACUUAAAUUCCUAUCUUCUACUUUAUUAGGCAGUAUUUAUGUUCUGACCAUAGAAAUAGACUCUUCCUCUUGCUAGCAUACUUUUUAUUUAAAACUAUUUAAGAGAACCAUGGUUCUGAUUGUUGUAUAUAGUUUUCUAAAAGCCAAAUAAAGCUACCUAUGAACAUUAGCAAAUGUGUC